UGCGACAGUUGCCACUUGCGUCCGCUGGCGGUAACAGCGCGGUAAAUCUUCUGAUACGGCUGACGCAACCACAUAAAGAAACGGCUAAUCUGUAGCGGAACGCUGCACCGCCUCGUUACCAGUGAUGCUACAUAGUUGUUCCUUUGAUCUAGAGUUUAGAUACAUUAAAUAGUGACUGUGUGGAAAGAGAAAUACUUUUCUUGGCUUUGUAGAGAAACAGUGAAAAUAUUUGGUGAUUAGUGACCAGCGCCGAAAUUCUUGACGAUUCCAUAGGUGAAGUAACCGUUGAUAAUCGUUGACGAAGUGGAAGGAUCCAAUUGUCUAGUGGAAACAAAUAAGGCUGAUACCCCGCUCCCCGGGUCGAGAAACACGUGAGCGGCGCCUACGGCGGCCAACAGGUUGCCACGGUGCGUCAGACAAGGUUGCGGCCGCCCCUAUCCAGGCUGUCCGCGGCGGCUCGCGCCAGCAAGCCAGCAGACCAGUCUUCGGUCGCCAUGAAGCGGAGAUGGUCCGCCUCGGCAUGCGUGCUGCUGCUGCUGCUGUUGGUAGACGCAGCGAGGGCGACGGACUGCGACGAUGCAGCAGCGCCGACUGCGCUGGACCUCGAACGUGCGGUGCGCAGGAACCUCAGCAAGGGCAGCGGGCAAGCGGCCGAGCCGACAGCGCCGCGCUGGGACGCCGUCGCCUCACGAGCUCUCUUCGCGACGCAGGACGACCACGAUGGCGAAGAUGAAGUGAGCCCAGAAACGCUUUUGGCCGUCGCAGAUGAAGAAAGAGAAGAGUCAAACGAAGAUAAUGUGCAAUCUAGAACGCUGAAGGGCAGCAUAUUCGAACAUUUACCAGUGUUCUCGCUGGCCAAUUCCAAAAUUAACAACAGCCUCUGUGUAAGGCACAGUCGCAUAUUCCUCCACGAGCUAAAGAAAUACAAACUAUGGGCAUUACAAAUGUUCGACGGAGGCGCCAAGCUGGGCUCGGGGCUGCUGCGCGGCUCCGCGACGCACCUGGGUGACUACGACGAGUGCGUGGCCGUGUCUGCGCGGCUCGGCCCGCCGCCCGCCAGCGAGCGCGUGCGCGGCCAGUACUGCCUGCUCGCAGUCGACGUCGAGGUCGACCCCUCCUGGAGCGGGCCGCGCGCCGGAGACCUGCACACCGCCGUCGACCGCGCGGUCAUCUACCGCAUUCUCUGGAGCUCACGCUUCGACCCGAGCCACUUCGUGCCGCGCGCCUCGACCGUGGGCUGGGCCGUGUGCGUGCCCGCCUCCUGCUCGCCGGCUGACGUGGAGCGCGCUGUCGGCGACGCGCUGGCGCCCUACAACGGCAGCGCCUACGGCCUGUCUGUCGGCGUGCGCGCAGAGCCGCACCAGUGCUACAAGCGGCCCCUGGGCGCGCCCUCCCGCCUUCCGCCGCUCAGCACCUUGCUAGCCAUAUCAGCUCUUGUAUCAGUUGGGAUAAUAGCAAUUAUAGCCACUCUGAGAGAUAUGUCUGAGACUCCUAAACCUGAAAACCAGGGUAAUGGUUGGACAUUGGUCGAGAGCUUCUCCCUGUAUCGUACUUGGGCAGAACUGACUGGCGCUUUGUCACCUGACAGAAAUAUCGUAUGCAUCUUUGGUCUGAGAGCACUGUUGGCAAUUGUCCUAUACAUUGAGCAUGCCAUCAUUCCACUGGCUCGAAUGCCAUACAUAAACAGGGUGGAUUUUCUAGAGCAAAUGAAGAUGCCAAUCACUGUUGCACUCCGAACAGGUUCCCAUUGCACUGAUUCUUUCUUGCUUAUGAGUGGUGUUCUGGCUGCAUACACACUUACAAGAGAGCUACAGAGUACAGGCAAGAUAAAAUGGUUGAAAUGGCUAAUAGGUCGGUACAUAAGGUUGACUCCAGCACUUAUUGCCUUUGUUCUGGUGAGUGGCUAUAUAAUGGAUCACCUAGGAGAAGGACCUAUGUGGGGAGAGGUCAUAAAUCAAAAUUCUCAGCUCUGCAAGCAAUAUGGAUGGAGAAACUUGUUAUAUAUGCAAAAUUUCUUUGCAUUUGAAGACAUGUGUGGGCCACAUACUCAUCACCUGGCAAUUGAUAUGCAACUGUCCUUAUUUCUACCAUUGAUGCUAUAUUUGUUGCAUAUGAAUGCUGCAGCUGGAGCAGUUGUUUUGUUCUCUGUUAAUGCAGUAUCUACAUGGUUGAGGUUCAGUAAAACUGUGGAGCAUAACCUAUCUAUUGUCAUAUUCCACAGUGUCAAGCCAUCUCAGCUUUACAGGACAGCCAACGUUAUGUAUGGACUGCCUCUUCCAAGGGCGUCACCCUACAUUUUUGGAGUAUUGUUAGGCUUUUACAUGAAGAAAAUGGAAAAAUCUCUUAGGAUUCCAAAGGUACUUGUGGCCACAGGGUGGAUUGCUGCUAUUGUAUUAGCCAGUUGCUCAAUGCUUUUGGCUAAAAAUGUUUACAAACUGAGCUAUGUAUACAAUGUAUAUGAGGCAGCUACUUUCGCCGCAUGGGCUCCUCUUGCCUGGAGCAGUGCCCUUUGCUGGAUUAUAUUGGCGUGCCAUUCUGGAUAUGCUGGAAAGCUGAAUAAUGUUUUAAGUUGGAGGCCACUUGUCAUCUUAAGCCGUUUAUCCUAUGCACUAUAUAUGAUACAGUUCCCUGUAUUUUACUACUAUGUUGGAAUCAACAGAUCUGCCAAAGUAUUUACUGUUAUGUCGAGUUUCUUCCCCCUUCAGGGACUGGCUGUAGUCAUCAUCUUAUCUGUGAUUUUCACUCUACUAUUUGAUUUGCCUAUGCAUCACGUGAAAAAUAUUCUUAUGAGAGGCAGCCAGAGGACAGAAAAAGAACAAACAAAGGAAAAAUGUUCCUGAUGAAUACAUCAUAGCUGCAUUUAAGUUCAUGUCUUGCAUAUUAAUGUUCAUGAUUUGACUGUACCAAUUCCCUGUGAUGAACUGUUUUAGAGAGAGAGAGAGAGAGAGAGAGAGAGAGAGAGAGAGAGAAUAUGACUAUAUUCCCUUGCUUUUUUAUGUGAAGCAUUUGUAUGUAAGUUAAAUCACAUUUUUAUAAAAUAAAUGACAGUGUCUACUGAUGAUACUGCAAAAACUCCA